AUGCUAAUUUUGCAGGUCAGUAGGUAAACAUGCGGGCCAUACUUCGUUUGAUUCCCCGGCCUUACCGAACGGGUCUUACAAGGGUUAUAAUAGCUUUAGUAAUAUGUGGCGUUUUAUACGCAAUGUUGUCCACAAAGCCAUCAACAGUAGGCAAAGGAAAAUCCGACGAACACCGAUUCAUGUUCGAUUAUGACGUCAAGGAUGACGUAUACUACGAACCCGCGGAGAACCUAAAUCAAGCGGUUCCACCAGCACAGCAUAGGGGAGCAGAAUUUGAACAGCCGGGCGGCAAUUUCACUAAAGAUAACAUGUACGCGUCACAGCCGGUGGAUUUUUACACGGAAGAUGAGUUAGCCCCACUUUUUGAACGGCCAAAAGUUGACCCCUCUGCCCCAGGAGAAUACGGAAAAGCUUACAAAGUGACGGACAACAGCGCAGAAGUAAAGAAACUGGUUAAAGAGGGCUGGGAUAAACAUGCGUUUAACCAUUACGUGUGCCAGAAGAUAUCCCUGCAUAGGAGUGUGGGAGAUAAAAGAGACCAAGAAUGUAAAGUUCGAAAAUGGCGUAAACCUUUACCCGACACGUCAGUUAUUAUAAUAUUCCAUAACGAAGCAUGGUGCGCCCUCUUGCGGACAGUUCACAGUGUGUUAGAAAACUCACCAAAAAUUUUACUCAAAGAAAUUAUUCUGGUUGAUGAUGCUAGUACACUAUCAAAUUUGGGUAAAGAGUUAACUGACUACGUGGCAAAACUACAAAUUGUAAAGAUAAUUCGUCUUCCCUCACGAGCUGGAUUGAUCCGCGCUCGCUUGGCAGGCGCGCAGGAGGCGCAGGGAUCCGUGUUAACGUUUCUAGAUUCCCACUGUGAAUGCGCACCGCAUUGGCUCGAACCCAUGUUAGAACGAAUAGCGGAAGACAACACUAGAGUCGUAUGUCCCGUUAUAGAAGUUAUAGAUGCCGACACCUUUGCCAUGAGUCUGACAACUGCAAGAUCAGUACAGACCGGUAUUCUGUCCUGGAGCCUUGGAUUUAAUUGGGCCCCUAGAAAAAUAAAUCCCGGGCAGCCGAUCAAAAACGACGAAGCUCUAACUUCGGCUACGAUGGCUGGCGGUCUUUUCGCCAUGAGCCGAAAAUACUUUUACCACCUCGGGAGUUACGACAACGAUAUGUUAGUCUGGGGAGGGGAAAACAUCGAAAUGUCACUGCGUAUCUGGAUGUGCGGGGGAUCGCUUGAGAUUCACCCAUGUUCCCACGUGGGUCACGUGUUCAGAAAAAGAGCCCCUUAUUCUCACCCGGGGGGAAGUGACGUCAUAACACAUAAUAACAAGCGUGUAGCAGAGGUCUGGUUGGACGAAUACAAGGAACAAUAUUAUAAACGAGUACCAAGGGCCAGAGCGGUCGAAGCUGGCGAUCUUACUGCGAGGAUAAAACUGAGACAUGAUCUUAAAUGCCGUAACUUCCAAUGGUACAUAACAAACAUAUACCCAGCGCUUUAUGCUACACCGAAGGAAGAUAUACUAAAGGGAGGCGAGUGGCACAAUAAAGACCGUGACAGCAAAUACUGCUUGGACUCUGCCAAUCCUGAUGGGAAAGUCGGUGUUAAAAUGACGAUGUAUGUUUGCCAUGGUAUGGGAGUAAAUCAGGAUUUUGACUUAACUCGAAACGGCGAGAUUCGCCAUAGUUAUUCAAAAGAACUUUGCUUGCAACCAAGUGGGAACUCUAUAGUAACCUAUGAUUGCGUUUUCCCGAAAAAAGCUGUACCCCCGGAGCAGAAAUGGCUGUUAACACAAGACGGUCACUUUCGUCACUUAGCAAGCAUGAAAUGCAUGGCUGCGGUCGGAAACUCAGUUUUGCUCGAAGAAUGUGAAGACAUACCAGCCCAGAUGUGGUUUGUGAAGUCACUACAUAAAACUUGAUCAAAAACGAUAUAUAGGUGCAAUGGAUGACGUCACAGGCCCGAGCGGGACCUGCUUAGAGGAUAGUAGAGCAAUAUACAGUAGAAUCAUUGUAUAGUAGGCUUAGCGCAAAAUGCCAAAUCACGGCCGUAAUGUCUCACCUAUCUCUUAUACUUUCUAUCUCUUCUGGUUUCUACAUAUACGCCAUUAUGGAUAAUCUGUAUUUAGUAUAAAUUAGAUCUUAAACUAUAGUAUAAUGUAACUUAAAUAUCCUCGCGUGGCGGGGUAACGACAGCCGUUAUAACAUGGAUGUUCUAUUCCAUACAUCUCCCCUGCUUAUGGGUUUCCACAUAUCUAAUUUUAUGGAUAAUUUUGGGGGAUAUGUAAACUAAAAUGAUUGUUCUUUGCUAGCUAAAACAUUUUAUAUAUACUGAUAUACAAGAUCUUUUAAAGUAGCAGUUUAAAUAACGGUACAAAGAACUCCAAUGCAGUUUGUGUUCUUUCUCUUCAAGUUAAAAAUAGUUUUCUUUUUUAAGUAGAAGUGCAAUAUAAUUCUCGCCGCACUGUGGUGCUAUCGAGCCGAGGUACUUCAUUGCUUCGCUUAUAUGAGCUGUGGGGUAAGACGGGACACCAUUCGCAUCCAAAUCCCAUAUUUCCUAAUCUUGCUUUGAACAAUUACCAACGCUCUUUUAAAGUCAUGGACUACGGUUAUAUAGUUCUGUAGUUCUUUGUUUACUACCAAAUGGGACGAGAAAGAGAAUAAAACAUGUCCUAUCUUACCCCACACUAUUAUAUUGCUGCUCGUGUCUUUCUUCAUUCUUACAGUUUCCAUUAUCGUGCAUUUUGCGAAGCUUUGGUUUUAUUCAUUUAUUGCAAUAAAACAUAGGGUCACGGUU